AUGGCAUAUGAUGAGUGUCUCCCUGGGUAUUACGGAUAUAAUUGUUCCAGUCCAUGUCCGACACCACGAUAUGGAAUUGGAUGCACUCUGAACUGUGACAAUUGCUCAAACUGUAAUCACAUAUAUGGGUGUGGAGACGCUACAGAGGCGGAGACAAAUACAGUGGAUCAUUUCAUGUCCCCAGAGUAUACGGUGAAAGUUACAGAAAAUGGAACGCGUGAAGGAAAUGAGGCAAUGUUCAGGUCCUCAGCCUCCACAGUGAAAGUCAAAGAAAAGACAACGCAAAAGGGAUUUUGUAACGAUACUUCUUCUGGAUUCGAUAUGCAUCCUAUAACAAUAAUAAAAACAUUCGGGACUCUGAUAAGUCUGGUUUUAAUACUAAUGAUCAUACGGGAAGUAUGCAAAUAUCGCAAAUGUUUAGGACUUCACUCGAUGAAUGAUGUAUCGUGCAGAAUCCAUGCAGUAGACGACAUUUACACAGAAAUUAAUGAAGUCAUCGUUAUCGAAGGUUUCCCCGAGGAUAAUGAUAAUACAGGUUCAAAAGAAUGCGUCGGGAACGGACAUACACCUUUAACUGAGAUGGGGGAAGACAGAUAUGGAGAAGAUGUUUAUAGCACUGUGUGCAAAGAGGAAUAUCUAUGUAAGGAUAAAGUCAAAGACGAUGGAAAACAUGAAAUGGCAUCAAUAAGAAGCAUGGAAUUUGAAAUGAACGGGACUUCAAAAGAUGAAAGAGAGACAGUAAACAAUGAAAAUAUUUAUGAACAUGCAUUUGUGGACAUCGUUCAAAAUUGCAAAGGGAAGACUCAGUGGCCAUCAUCUGACCUGCAAAACUACAUGAAAUCAACCACACUGAAUUGUUCAGAUGUGGAUGAUGAAGGUGAAUGUUCUGACAAUAUUUAUGUAAAUGACAAGACUGAAUCAACUUAUCUUUAACGUUACACUAUAAUGGAAGUACGUCUAGAUAACGUUAAAGAAACCUUUUUAUGUAUUUAUACAUUAUAUCUUUAUCAAUUGAAAAAUAUAAUGUGUACAUGUACUGGAUCAUCAAAUCCUAAAAGUAUGGACCACAUCGUUUAUUGAAUAAGAAAACAUUAACUAUUGUAAAAGAUUAAUUUGCUUAA